UGUUCAGUCACGCCGGUCGCGGCACCCCUGCCUUCUCACCCUCAAAGGGAUACUCCUGCCUUUCGCGCGCUUCCGCGCCGCUCCACCCACCCCGUCCGCCGUAGCGCCACUCAUGGCGCAAGCGCGCGGUGAGCCCAUCUAUCGCGGCGCGCAGAAGAGCGGCCGCCUCUGCGUGCGUCACGCGCCUGGCAAAGCCACGCGGCCGUCCAGUGCGCGUUUGCGCCCUUGACGUGUUCGAGGGAAUGCCUGGCCGGCGAAUCUGGCCAGGGUGCGCGCGGGCGGCCCUCGCGCAGGCAGCAACGCCUCUCUCGUUUCGUCGAGUGCUGGACUGAUGUUAUGGGCCCUGGCGCCUCACGCUCGGCUCAGCUCAAGUCCGAGCCGGUCGGCAAACAGACCUGCUUUUGCUCUUGCCUUUACUGAGCUACCUUACGUGUGCCGGCCGGGGGAGAUGUCGGGGUUGCUUGGCACAGUUGUUGAUGCAGCAAUAGGAUGGCUGGUGCAAAGCAUCUUUGACAGCUUCUUUACUGGACGUAUGGAAGCCUGGACUCAUGAAAUCGGGCUUGCUGAAGAUGUGGAGAAGCUCAAACUUCAGAUGAGGUACGUGCAGAUGGUUCUUGCUGCUGCCGAGGGAAGGAGGAUUGAAAAUAUGCAUCUGGCCCAGUCACUGGAUGAUCUCAGAGGGCUGCUUUAUGACUCAGAGGAUGUGAUGGACGAGCUCGACUACUACCGACUCGAGCAACAGAUCACUGAAGGGAAAGUUUGUAGUGCUUCUACUGGUACUAAGCCGGAGGGAAAUUAUGUGUUCUCAUCCACUCUAUCUUCUGUUGUUAAAUUAGUACACAACGCCACAAGCCAAAUAACUGAUUGGAUCUCACCCGGCAGAAAAAGGAAACGUGAAGAGGAGGAGCCAGCUCAUUGUAACACGCUGCCUUUUGAGAUAAAAGAUAGCAUUUCUAAGAGGAUCAGAGUUAUAGUGAAUCUUCUACACAGUAAUGGCAAUUCUGUGCAGGGGGUUCUUCAGCUUGAGAUCUUGCGCCCCAUUGCAACAUCAAGCAAGAGUCAGAAUAUUGCCAGGAAUGCUCGCAUGACAACUUCUUUUCCAAUUGAACCUAGGGUGUACGGGAGGGAUGCAGAGAGAGACAAUAUAAUAGACCUGCUGAGAAAUGGGAAAUCUAGUGAUCUGAAUGUUUUGCCAGUGGUUGGCAUUGGUGGAAUUGGGAAGACGACGCUUGCUAGAUAUGUAUACCAUGAUAAAAGAAUUAAAGGCCUUUUUGAUUUGCAAAUGUGGGUCUGUGUAUCCACUAGCUUUGAUGUAGCGGGGCUAACACUUGAGAUCCUAGAGCAUGUAUGUGAAGACAGACCGUAUGAGAAAAAAAGCAGCUUGAAUAAAUUACAGGAGAUCCUUUCAGAGAAUAUUAGAAACAAAAGAUUUCUGCUUGUAUUGGACGAUAUGUGGGAAGACAAGGACAGGAGUGGAUGGAUUAAACUCUUGGCUCCAUUGAAAAGUAACCAAGCAAAUGGUUGCAUGGUACUAGCAACAACUAGAACAAAAUCAGUGGCAAAAAUGAUAGGAACUAUGGAUGAAAUCACAUUGACUGGUCUAGAUGAAAAGGAGUUUUGGCUGUUCUUCAAGGCAUGUGCAUUUCGCAAUGACAAUCGUGAGCACCAUCCUAGUUUUCAAUCUAUUGGGAAACAGAUUGCAAAAGCACUAAAAGGCUGCCCACUAGCUGCACGUAGUGUUGGUGCACUUCUGAGUACAGAUGUUAGCUAUCAGCAUUGGACAGCAGUUCAGGACAAAUGGAAAUCUCUUCAAGAAUACGAUGAUGAUAUUUUACCCAUCUUGAAGCUCAGUUAUGAGUAUCUACCAGUCCACCUUCAGCGCUGUUUCUCAUAUUGCUCUUUGUUUCCAGAGGACUACCAAUUUAAUGGGAAAGAAUUGGUCCAUGCUUGGAUAUCGCAAAAUUUUGUGCAGCGCAAAGAUCCUACCAUAAGAUUGGAAGAAACAGGGCACGCAUAUUUGGAAAGAUUAGUGGAUUUGGGCUUCUUCCAAAAGGAUGGCUCACACUAUAUUAUGCAUGACCUAAUGCACGUACUCGCUGGGACGGUUUCAGCAAAUGAGUGUGCUACUAUUGAUGGAUUGAAAUCUGAAUCAAUUCAAGCAACUGUUCGGCAUUUGUCUAUCAUAACUACUGAUUUUGAGGAAGAUGAACAUGGCAACAAUUCUAGUGAGAAGCUUGACAAAAUACUUCAGAAGGUUAGUUCUUGGCACAAAUUGAGGACCUUGAUGUUGUUUGGGCAAAGCAGCAUACAUUUAUUAGGGUCCUUGAGUACUUUAUGCGAGAGGGCUAAAUGUUUAAGGUUCCUAAGUGUGUCAGGUGCUGACAUCGGCUCUACAAACAGCUUGUUAAAUCUGUUCCAUCUUCGUUAUAUAAUGGCAUACAGAGUCAACAACCCUGCGUUUCGUCAAGCUUUGACAAGUUGUUAUCACCUUCAAGUACUGGAUGUGGGCAUUUCAGGCAAUCUUGAUGUACCUGCUGAUAUGAAUAAUCUUGUUAAUCUACGCCAUCUUAUUGCUCAUGAGAAAGUGCACCAUGCAAUAGACUCUGUCGGCAACAUGACCUCUCUCCAGGAGUUAAAAUUCAAGGUUCAAAAUGUUGGCAGUUUUCAGAUAGGACAACUUCAGUCCAUGAAUAAGCUUGUAUUUCUUGCAAUUUCUCAACUUGAAAAUGCGAAGACUAAAGAAGAGGCGAGGGGGGCCAGGCUGAUAGACAAAGGGUAUCUAGACAAAUUAUCGUUAUCAUGGGAGAAUAGUAGCAUGAAUCUUCAACCUGAGGCUGCAAAAGAUGUGCUUGAUGGUCUUCAACCACAUCAGAACCUCAAACAUCUAGAAAUAACUGGAUAUGGUGGUGUUACCUCCCCAACCUGGCUUUCCAGUACUUUCUCAGUUACCUCACUGCAGAUACUUCAUCUAGAGAAUUGCAGAGAAUGGAAAAUUCUUCGGUCUAUUCAAAUGCCUUCCCUUAGGAAGCUAACAUUGAUCGGGAUGUUGAAUAUAAUGGAAAUCUCAGUUCCUUCUUUGGAAGAGUUGAUCUUGAUCGAUAUGCCAAAAUUGGAAAAAUGUAUCGGUUCUUAUGGAAUGGAAUUGACCUCCCAUCUAAGGGUUUUGAUGAUCAAGAACUGCCCUCAACUGAAUGAGUUCACUCUUUUCAGGAGUUACUCUUCUUUCGAAGCUGAGCAGAAGUCAUGGUUUCCGUCUCUCAGUAAACUCUCCAUCGGGCAGUGUCCUCAUAUAAUGAACAACUGGGAAAUCCUUCCACUAAGAGAAAUGGAGGCGCUAAAGGAGUUGGAGUUGAUGGACCUGCAUGUUGUCAGAGUGUCAGUUCCUUCUCUGGAGAAGUUGGUGUUGGCUAAAAUGCCAAGCCUGGAAUUUUGCAGCAGUCUAACUUCUCCACCUCUGCAAUUUUUACCUUCACAAGGAGAUCCAAAGGAGUGGACAUCUGACCUCCGUAGACUCACCAUCCACAAGUGCCCUCGUUUGAUUGUGCUUCAUCCUCUUCCGCCUUCUGCUCUAAUUUCUGAGUUGUCCAUCAGGGAGGUUUCUACACUUCCAACAAUGAGGAUCAACUGGAGACGUUUCACUAUCGAAUCUAAUCAGUUGUGUGUUCUAGAUGAUAGUAUCUUGGCAUUUGAUAAUCUUAGGGGCAUAGCAUCAUUGGAAAUUAAAAAUUGUCAAAAUCUGGUCUCUCUUUCAAGGGAAUUCAACCAGCUAUUCGCUUUAGAGUAUUUAAGUAUACACGACUGCCCUAUUUUUACCAAGUCAAACAUCAUGUCAGAGAUUGACCAGGAAAACAGCACAUCUGCAUGCAGCCUUGUCCUCCCAUCUCUCAAAUCUGUCAACAUUAAAACAUGUGGAGUAACAGGGAGGUGGCUCACACAAAUGGUUUCACAUUCGCAGUCCCUUGAGAACUUGCAAUUAAGGGACUGUCCACAGAUAAAGUUUCUAUCAAUCGGUCAACCUAGAGAAACGGAAGGAACCAGCAGUUUGGCUUCUGCAGUGAUGACUUCAGCCCAAGAUGAACAGGAACUAAAACUGCCAUAUGAUCUCGUAUGUUCUCUCAAGAAAUUAUGGAUUCAGGAAAGCUGGGAUCUGGAGUUCUGUGGGGGUAAGAGGGACUUCGCAGGAUUCACCUCUCUUACGGAGCUAGUCCUUCAAGGUUGCCCCAAGCUGGUCUCAUUGUUGGUGGGUGAAACAAAAGAUGAUGGUGCCAUGGAAGUUGGGUUACUCCCACCAUCACUUGAAGACCUUACUAUCACUUCUCUCCCAGAAAACUUGCAUUCCUUCGCUCCUCAAGGCCUUCUCCACCUCAAAAAGUUAAGUCUACGUGAUGGCCCAUGUUUGAGGUCUGUACAGCUGCAUUCCUGUACGGCCCUAAAGCAGCUGGAAAUCACGGGGUGUGUCGGGCUGGCUGUACUGGAGGGCUUGCAGUUUCUCAGCUCCCUUCAAAGCUUGGCGAUGGAGAUGAAUCCCGAGCUGUCUUGUGCAUGGGUUCUCAAACUGCAGGAGCAAGAACAGUGUGGCAAUCAAAUUCAGUUGCUUCCUCCCUCACUUGAAGAACUUUAUAUCUGGAAUCUCACAGAUAGGGUCCAGUCCCAUCUUCUGUCCUGCCUUUCUGCCAUGGCCAGUUUAGCAAUACAGAGAAGUCCAGAAUUGACGUCUCUACAGCUGGGAUGCUGCACGGCAGUGAAAGAGUUGGAAAUUGGAGACUGCGAUUCGCUUUUGUCGAUCGAGGGCCUCCAGUUCUGUGUAAACCUGACAUCCUUGAAAGUAUUUAACUCCCCUGGCCUAGUUUCCUUGUUGGAGCUUGUGUCACAGCAGCAAGGGGCCUCUGAGAUCUGGUCUGGACUGGAAACUCUUGAGAUUGAUGACGCAUCUGUCCUUUCCAUGCCCUUCUGCAAACAGCUCACAUCUCUAACGCACCUAGAGUUCAGUUCUCGGGGUGGUAAACUGGGAGAGAGCUUGGUGAGCCUUACAGGGGAGCAAGAGAGAGCAUUACAGCUUCUAACCUCCCUCCAAAAACUUCAAUUCUCGUGGUACAUAAAUCUCUUGUCACUUCCUGCAAACCUUCAUAGCCUAGCCUCCCUUGAGAGGUUAUCUAUCUAUCGUUGCCAGCGCAUCACAAGGCUGCCAGACAUGGGCCUCCCAACUUCUCUCAGAUCUCUUGAGUUAUCCAAUUGCAGUGAGGAGUUAGGUAUGCACUGCAGAAUUGUAGCAACGGAGAAGCUAAGGGUCAUGAUUGAUCGUCAGUAUGUGAAUUAAUCACAAGUGUUUACUUCUGAGACUGCAGCCACCUGAGAUGUUGCACAUAUUUCUGCACUUGCUGUCACCAGCAUAUUUGUGCAAGUGCCAUAUACCCAUUUGGCUUUCCACGAGCUACCCCAGCUGCAUGGUGGAUGGAUGCAGGAAACCAUAGGUUGAAAGUGGCAAGUCCUUUAUGUUUAUCAGAGGCAUUAUGACCUUCAGCUCAUUCUUGUCACUCUUCUAGUUGGUGGCUGACCGUGAGCUAUGCUAUAGCAAGCCUUACCACGGUUCAUUAUUCAGUAAGGAUCGCUGGAAUGAACCUCACAUAGGUGAUAGGAUGCUUAUUGUCAUCAUGUUACAUCACGGUGUCUGGAAUCUGUGGUCAACCAGGACUACCUGAUGAGUGAUGACUACACAUUAGUUUGAUGGUUGCCUGGCUCUAGCGUUUCUGGUGUGGACUGGAAGGUGGGCAAUGCCCAUGAAAAACUGAAGGAGGUACAGCAAUCAGUUGGUGACGAUCUCGUACAUAGUUAGUUUAGAUGCUCACUCUCUUCUUGCUAAAUGUAAUUCAUCUCUCUGCAAACUGUAGCCACGUGAGAUGUUAUACAUAUUUCUGGGCUCCCUGUUGCCAGUACAUUUGUUCAGCAUGACAGUUAGUUUAGUUGACUGUUCAGCAUAACAUAUGAUUUCAAAAUGUUAGGAGAAACAUAAAUCUAUUAGUUACUGCACCAUCUGUCUCAUGAUGCAGUUUCACUGUGAAAAGAGGAUGGCAGUUAGCACUAGGUUUGUUGCUGAACCAUUGCUAUUUUGCUCUAGGUUUGUUAUUCAGUAUAAACCCCCGGCAGCAGAUCGCUGGAACCAACCUCACAUAGAUGCUUAAUGUUAUCAUGCUGCAUCACUGCAUUUGGAAUCUGUGGUCAACCAGAACUGCCCAUUGAUUUGCUGGUUGCUUGGCUCUACCAUUUCAGGUGUGGAUUGGCAGUUGGCCAUGUCCACGAAAAACCAAGGAAGGUACAGCAAUUCAGUUGGUGACGAUCUCCAUCUCAUACGGAAUAUGGACAUCUAUAUAUGAAGUUAUGAACCUGCCGGGAACUAAACGAGUCUCAGACAACCAACACAGCAACUCGUUUGGCUUCCUCAAUCGUCUGCUCAGCUCAUGACCUCCUCUACUGCCUUUUCUGGCUUCUCAGCAGCGCAGUGGGCGACACUCGACCCACGCUGUCGAACGAGUCGAUAGGGGUGGAUGUCCACGGUGGGGUCGUCACUGAAUUUGAUGUUGCUGGAGAUGUUCUUGUCGAGCUCGAGGCACCUGUGUUGAGAUACACUAGGCCUUGUAGAAAGCUUUGGAUAAGAAGAUGGGAAAAGAAGCCACCCUGUUUCUAUAAUGAGGCAACAAAUAUUUUGAAAGCUAAAAUGCUACCAUUUGUGGAACAGAGGGAGACCACGCCCUAAUUAAAGAUGGAAAGUAGAAAUACAGUCGAAUCACGACAACACUCAGUAAUAGUUGAAUUUGUACUUUGCUAUGCGACCUUCUGUGCCGAGAUUCCAUUCUCAGCAUUGCAUCUGAUUGGGCAUUGCUGGAGGGUAUGGCUAGCAAGUACUGUAGCAACUAGCAAGUGCAGGUGAUCUGCUCCCAUAACUUGUGCCUUAGAUAGAACUUCUAUGUAUAUUUUUGGUAGAUUAUCUCCAUGCACACUUGGUCAUGGACAGAGCUAAGUCUAAGAGCAA